AUGGAUCGUGGCGGUUACCGGCCUCCCCCGCCCGGCCCGGGCCGCGGCUACUUCGGCCGAGGAGGAGUGGAGAGCCCGGGGCCGGCGUACCCUCACUUGAGGCCGGGGAGGGACAGGGCAGAGGAGGCCAGGACCCCGCCGCCGCCAUUCGGGCCGUGGGGCCUCGAGCAGCGGGACUUUCCUCGGCCCCUGUGGGAGCGGCCGCCUCUGUCGGCGGGAGCCGAGCGAUACCCUCCACCUCCUCCUCCUCCUCCUCAGGGACAGGAGGCAGGUCGGUACCAUCCGUGUCAGGAGCAGCCGCCGCCGCUCCCUCCUCAUCACCUCGGCCUCCAGCCGCUGGAGGCCGGGCCUCAGGAGCAGCAGCAGCAGCAGCAGCGCCCGUUUCGGGAUCACCCGCCGCCUCAGCACCAGCCCUUCCCGGGCAGAGCAGCGGAGAACGGCGGCCCUCACCGGGUGGACGGGCCCGGGCCUCGGCAGCUCCACCCGGCGGACCACGGCCGCGGCGACCCGGGCGGCGCCUUCCCGCACGCCUACGGGGAGCUGCCGCCUUGGAGCGACGAGCCCGGGCCCCGCCGCGCCGGCGCCGGCGGCGGCGGCGGCAGCAGCAGCUGCGAGGCGCCGCCCGCCUGGUGGCCGGCAGCCGGGACCCUCAGCGGGCGGCCGCCGCCCGCCGGGAGCCCGGAAGGCCCCGAGGAUCCGUCCGAACGAGCGCGCCUUUGGCUGUCGAGGGUCCUGUCCCGCCGAAGGCUGCGGCCGCCCGAGCCGCGCGGGCCCCCCGAGCCCGGGCCCUCGGUGGCCGAGGCGCGGGAGUCCAUCCUCGGCGUGUGCCGCCUCACGGCCGAGCUCACGGCCCUGUGCCGGCGGCUGAGGCAGAGCGUGGAGGACGACGCGGCCUGGGCCGAGACCCACCGGGAGGCGCUCGAGCUGAAGGAGGCCCUGGAGGCCGAGCUGAGGCCGCUGACCGACGCCGGCUACGUGGCGGCCGUGCGAAGGAGACUCGGGAGGAUCGAGACCAGGAGGAGCCGGGCCCGAAGGAAGAAGGAAGAGCUGGGCCUGGAGGGCCGGGAGCGAGGGGAGAGGGCGGCGGAGCGGGAAGCGGGGAUCGACGAGUGGAGGGCGAAGCGGGUCCGCCAAGUGGAGGAGAAGAAGAAGGAACGUGAGCUGAAAGCUGCAGCAGACAGCGUCUUGGCUGAAGUGCGAAAGAAACAGGCAGACGCGAAAAGGAUUCUGGAUAUCCUGUGUGCGCUGGAGAAGCUGAGGAAACUCAGGAAAGAAGCUGCAGCCAGGAAAGCCGUCCAUCCCCCUCCUUCAUCCGAUGAAAUAUUUCAGCUUCACGUUGAGGGACUGCGAAAAAUGAUUAAAAAGCGGAGUGAACUGUACGACGCAGAAGAAAGAGCCCUGAGAGUCAUGCUGGAAGGGGAGCAAGAGGAAGAAAGGAAAAGAGAGAGGGAGAAUAAAUUGAAAAAACAGAGGGAAAAGCUGGAGGAACAACAGAGAGAAGUGGAAUUCAUAAUGUUUGGGGAUCCAGAAUUGCCUUCAAACCAUCCACUGAGGCCAUUUCGUCAAUAUUAUCUGCAAGCCGAGCACUCUCCUCAUGUACUUGUGCAAAUAAGGCAAGAAUGGGAUCGAUAUCUCGUCCCUGAAGAUCACCCCGAUGGCAGUUUUGUACCACAUGGCUGGGUCUUUCCAGUCCCACCUUCUCACGACACGUGGGCAACAGCAUUGGGACAGAGUGAGAGCUGGUGACUUGUUCACCUCCGUUCUCUGUGACUGGAAAUAUUUUGUAUCCUGCAAAGACUCUUUCACUACAAAUAAAGAUGGAACUCGCA